CAUUAUCCAUUAUAUCCGGGCCGCUCGACGGCCCUCUCGUGGUUGCGUCGGGAAGUAUCGUUCAGCUGUUAGGGUUGAGGUAAGUCGUGUGGUAGGGUUAGUAGACCUUGGCGCCACCAUCCACAGUGUCGGGAGAAAUCGUCGAAGAUGUAAGCUAUGAGUGGCCUACGGGUCGCGAAGCUAGUGGGAGUGCGACGGAAGGUAGCACUUCGGCUCGCAUCGCGUGGUGUGACGGGUACGUUGGUUGUUGGAUGUGCUGUGCCGCACGGAGGAACCCCCGGCACCGGUGAUGGGAGCCUCGGGCACCACACGUCGGAGCUAGGGGCACCCGGGAUGCCUCUGGUACCGCUGUCCCAAGCUAUGCUUUAUAACAUUGUGGACAGCGGUACCUCAGGGACCGCAUUUGCAGUGUUUUCAAGAAUUGCGAAAUCUGUUUGGCUGAGUUUGUAUAGUAAAUCUACGCUGGUUGGUGGAAGUGUUUUCCGUGGUGCCUCUGGAGCCUGGGGAACUAGAGGCACCUCGAUGGGCUGCCUAUCGGUGAGUGUAGGUGCAAUUUGGUGGAACGGGACUGACGUUGGAGCAGGCAUGGGUUACCCGAAGAAGGCGCGUCUGCCACUGCGAGAGGUGCGCCAGGGCAGCGCUGAGUCGAAGAGCUCCUUUGUGGUUGACGCCGACGAGCUCCCGAUAGUCAACCCAAGCACUAUUCGGACUGUGGGUGUUGAUGUUGCGAGACUGACGACCAGUUACGCAGUGUCAGCGGCGGACAGCGCGUUUUUGCGCAACCGGUGGAUCAGCAUGCUCCAACACCUCCAGUCGGACAGAGAGGACACUGUGCUCGACAUACGGAGGAGUGUGGAGGAGUAUCACGACCAAGCUAUGUUGAAGAGAAUCAAGAUCGGCGUUUUGGAUGUAUAUACGACGCACCUACACGCGUGCAUCAACCGUGAGGCCGAAUGGCCGUGGGUGUUCGGUGUGGAGAGCUGGUUGAGACAAGGUGUCGCAUUGUCUACUGGCGACGAAGUGGGCAUGGCAAUGGUGAAGCUGUGGUGCUUGGUGACAGCGGCGACGGUUGGACCGGAGGCCGUCCGUGGCACUUGCGCGGCUCUUCAGACGUGGUACUCGUACGAUAUCGCGAAAGGGGCGUGCUCGAAACGAGGUAAUGAGAUGCAGUCGGCGGUGAGUUGGGGCAGAUCUGUCAUGCAGAGGCAGCAUUACUGGAUCAUGGUGCAGACUGCACUGGAGCAGGCGUCGGACGACUCAUACGGAGAUCAUCGCCGUCAGGAGAUGGAGUGUCGGGUGCACGGGAAUGGACAGUGCCCGGUUGGGGCCAGGAAGGCUGUGGUACGACGAUCCGCAGCCUUGUCGGUGUUGGAGAGAACUAAUGGAUGGCAGAUGGUUGAUGCGAUCGACGAAGAUGAGCGAGCAGUUCUCGAGGCGAUGUGGGAGGAAGAGGACGAGUUCGACUACGUGGACUAUGAGGACUGCACUGGUGAUUCGUGUUUGGGUGAUUGCACAAAUCCGCAGGGCUGUG